UGGAUCCGGGCGGAAGUCGGGAGGUUCGAUGGUCCGAAGACGCCAGCUUGUGACGGGGAGGGGGAGAAGGAAGGCUUCCGUAAAGGGUGCCUUUCGGUCCUUUCGCUCCCAGGGACCCUCGGAAAAAGCCCACCAUACCGAUCCCACGGCUAGCCCCUCCCCCAGGCUCUCUCCGCUCGAUUUCGCACCGUUAUGUGGGAAGCGAAUCCGUGAAAUGGCCAAACAGGGUGAGCAGUGCCGGAAGAAGAAGGCAGAGGUGUGGAAUAGCUAACGGCACGGUGGUGGAGUUUACGUUUUACGUCAUCAUCCUUAUUAUCUGGUCAAGACACGUAAGAAGAUGUUUCACAAGACAGAGGAGUUCUUGCCCAAGAAGAGCGACAGCGAUGUGGAUGACAUGGACACGUCGGACACGCAGUGGGGCUGGUUCUACCUGGCGGAGUGUGGGAAGUGGCACAUGUUUCAGCCGGAUACCAACAUUCAAUGUUCAGUUAGCAGUGAAGAUAUCGAAAAAAGCUUCAAAACAAACCCUUGUGGCUCCGUUUCCUUUACUACUUCCAAAUUCAGCUACAAGAUAGACUUUGCAGAAAUGAAGCAGAUGAAUCUCGUCACUGGGAAACAGCGCCUAAUAAAAAGGGCCCCUUUCUCCAUCAGUGCCUUCAGUUACAUCUGUGAGAAUGAGGCCAUCCCCAUGCCAACACACUGGGAGAACGUGAACCCUGACGUUCCCUACCAGCUGGUUUCCCUGCAGAACCAAACGCACGAGUAUAAUGAAGUGGCCAGUCUGUUUGGGAAAACAAUGGAUCGGAACCGAAUUAAAAGGAUUCAAAGGAUCCAAAACCUAGACUUAUGGGAGUUCUUUUGCAGGAAAAAGGCUCAGCUCAAGAAAAAGAGAGGUGUCCCUCAGAUCAAUGAGCAAAUGCUGUUUCAUGGCACCAGCAGUGAAUUUGUGGAAGCAAUUUGCAUUCACAACUUUGACUGGAGAAUCAAUGGUGUACACGGUGCUGUCUUUGGAAAAGGAACCUAUUUCGCUAGAGAUGCUGCGUACUCCAGUCGCUUCUGCAAAGACGACAUCAAGCACGGGAACACAUUCCAGAUUCACGGGGUCAACUUGCAGCAGCGGCAUCUGUUCAGAACCUAUAAAUCCAUGUUCCUUGCUCGAGUGCUAAUUGGUGAUUACAUAAACGGAGACUCGAAAUACAUGAGACCUCCUUCCAAAGACGGGAGCUAUGUGAAUUUGUAUGACAGCUGUGUGGAUGACACCUGGAACCCAAAGAUCUUUGUGGUUUUUGAUGCCAACCAGAUCUACCCUGAGUACCUGAUAGACUUCCACUGACCCUGCCCCCCAGGCUCAGUGGUCAAAACUUUGCUCUCUCGUUGCAGGAGGAUUUGGUCCCCUGUCUUCUAGCCGCUAAUAUAAAUAUUGGAUACUUUUGAAACAGAUACAGAAAAGAAUGCGGCCUCAGUAUAUAAAGAAGUACUGACUGUCAGGUUGGUUAUAUGUUGUUCUGUUUCUGUCUGUUCCUGUUUUGUUAAAAGACCGAUGCUGUUGCCAUCUUAACAUACAGGAGAGAGAGAGAGAGAGAUACUUCUCAAGACAGAAUAGGUUGAGAUCAUUACCAUGGCCAGGCAGUCUUCAAAGUUCACACGCAUGUGACUGGGUCAAAUGAUUUUAAUUUUUGUACCCUAUUAGGAGAAUUGGCCCUUUAUAAAUUGAAUCCUGGCGUUAUUAUCUGUCAAUGAGCUUGUGACUUUGUUGGUCUUCUGAAGGAGGCAUUAAAAAUCCUGCAAUAGCCCCUGGUGCUCAGCGAAGAAACAAGGACAUUGUCUGCUGUGCUAGUAGUAAAUAAGCCAGCAGAAGAGAGACCAGGACGGAGCCUGCCUUCCACCGCUGGAGGAAGGUGGUCUGCAGCCCACAGUGGAGCUGACCACUGCUGCUCAGUCACUCGCUCUCAGCUCAGCCUCCAGCAGGCUGUGCUCCCGGCCCCCGGGUUAUUUAUUCUCUUUGUUUUUCAAGCCCUGCAGUGAUCACUUCUCUGAGGCUUUAUGAGUCCUCCCACAACCCCCUGAAUCACACACAGCUGUCCCAUGGUGAGUCCUAAGAUCCACACGGGUUAGUAGUUGGUGUCUUUCUCUUUUAAAUGAUUGUGGAGAACAUGAGAUGCUGGGAAGAAGUCUGAUUUCUUCUUUAGAGUAGCGAUUGACAGCUUCCAAGACAUCCCCCCCCCAACACACACACCCAGCAGCUUUGUUCAACUUAGAGUUGUGCUCAUGGCUUUGUGUACCUGUCUGCUUGCCUGUGCUCUGUCCUGAAGACGAAGUGACCUGUCCCGGCUAACUGCCCGUCAGUGUUCUAGCAGAGAUGAGCAGCGCUUAGGCACAACGCUGUGCGUGCUGGGUGUUCAAGGAUCAGACAGGGAGCUGCCUGUAUGAUUGUCUCCUCUCCCCAGUGCUGCCUUUCCCAUGAUUCCUUGUGGGGAAGGCCAUUCCUCAGGCACUUUUUCCUAACUCUUAAUACUGAACUUGUCUCUUCUGUCCCCAUGCAGCUUUGGGUGCAAGAAGUGAGCACAGGUUGCCUCUAGUGCCUGUGCCUGUACUGUUCUUUUCAUUCACUCAAAUCAGGAAGCAUCUAGAAAUAAUGUAUGUGUGGAACAGGAUUAUGGAUAGUGGUUUUUGUAAGGAUAGCAAUUCUUUCAGUUUCGUAAAUCAUCAGAUUUUCCUUACAGCCCAGAAUGUGUGUAAUUGUGCAGUAGGAUAGACAUGAACGGCACUCGGGAAAGCGGAUGCACAGUGCUUUGGCACACAGUGGCAAAUGAUUUCCUGGCUCAAAUGUGUAGGUCCACCGUUGAUUUAAGAAAGGAUAGAAAGGACACAUUUCAAAACCAACAGUGGUCGCUGCAGAAGUGCCUAAAGGCAAAGCGAGUAGACUGCCGGCCCACUCCAACGAUCAGUGUUAGAGACAUUAGGAGUUCGGACCGAACAGUCUCUCUUCUCAUUCUUUUCUUUUGUUUUAGUUUUGCUUGUUUGUAUUUGUUUGUUUGUGUUGUUUUGUUGUUUGUUUGAGACAGGGUUUCUGUGUAGCCCUAACUGUCUUGGAACUCUCUCUGUUCCAAACUGGCAUGCAAUGUGUUAAAGUCCCUCUUACGUGGCUGUCUGCCCCCACCCGCCCCCAGUUCCAUGCACACUUCUCUUAAUACUUGAAUGGAAUGACUUGUAGUUGGGGUUGUUUCCUUUUAGACUUGUGUAUCUGUGUCAAGGUGACUGAGAACACAGGUAGUCUGUGCAAUACCUCUCCCUUGUUGGCUGGCAUGAGGAAGGUGGGGGUGUGUCGGAGAGGCCGCCUAAGAGAGCAGUGUCCUGCUGGUGUAGGAACUGCCAGCCCCGUCAGGAGGUAGUGAUUUCAGUGUUGUGUUUUAAAUAGAAUAAUGUAGAAGUCACUCCUGUUAAAGUCUUGCUGUUCUGUCUGUUCCGUGUAUAGAAUCAUUCCCUCUGCCCGUCAAGUGGAGUGGGAGGGGGAGUGAGGGGAGCCGGUGCAGAGUGGCUCCCGAGCUGGGCCACCACAGGCUGGCUGAAUAAACUCCAUUGAGUAUAAACUUGUCUUUUCUCUGCGGGGAGUCCAGCCUCGGGGUAAAAAUAAACAUUUUCCUAAAUCUUUUAUCUCCCACCAGAAAUGUUUGAGAUUAGUGGAUUACUUCAUUUCUAGACUGGUGAUGGUGGUGGUGACAGAGAAUUCUGAUAUUUAAUGUCUGAGUGUAUUGUUUCUACCAUUGUUGAUUAAAGUUUUCUGUAUCAGGUCUUGGC